AUGGAGGGAGACAAGAAAGGGGUCGGUAGCACCAAGUACCGCGGCGUGAGGACAAGGCCGUGGGGCAAGUUCGCCGCCGAGAUUCGGGACCCGGAGCGCGGCGGCGCCCGCGUGUGGCUUGGCACGUUCGACACGGCCGAGGAGGCGGCGCGGGCGUACGACAGCGCAGCCUUCGCCCAGCGAGGCGCCACCGCCGUGCUCAACUUCCCCGGAGAAGCCGGCUCCGGCAGCAGGGGCGCCGCCGGCUCGUCUUCGCGCGCCCCGGCUGGCUCCGGCUCUGGCAGGGGCACUGGCCGCGGGGGCAGCGAGAGGAUCGAGCUGGAGUACCUCGACAACAGCCUCCUCGACGACCUCCUUGAUGAAGACAAAUACGGCGGUAAAUGA